CACUGUCAUCCAGCAUACAAAUAAAAAAACCAAACAAAACAAUUUUAUGAAGGAUAAUAAUACAGAAAUUGUAGCUUUUCGCCAAACAUGUCAAUGAUACCGUUCUUUCCAAGCUUAAAGCCUUCGGUGUCGAAUCAAUUCUGGCUCGACAUGGCUGAUGAUGAAGUACAAACAAAGCGCUAUGAAGAUGAGCGCAGGGCAUGGCGUGCAGCACUCAAAAAUGAUGGCACGGAUCUGCAGCCGCUAGGCAAAGUACUGACUAUUCCUGGCAUUGAAACAGACGAUGAAGACGCCAAUGAUGAUAGUGAGGAUACCGACAGCCAUGAUGAGGAAGAUGACGAGACAAAUGAUCGUGUCAUUCCAGUAACACAGGAUUUCUUUUCUGCCGACGAUAUACAAAUGAAUGAAGAAACCUCUCCCACAGCUCCUUAAAGGAAAUUCAGCUCUUAAUUUAUAUAG